AUGCCAGGUCACAUUCCAAAAUUAAAGGUUGGUUCACCAAUAAUGCUGCUGAAAAAUCUUGAUCUUCCAAAAUUAUGUAUCGGCAGAAGUUUAGUUGUUAAGAUUUUACUGCCACAUGUUAUUGAAGCAACUGGUCAUGCCAAGGGUGAAGAUGUCUUCAUUCCAAAAAUUCCUUUGCUACCAAGUGAAUUAUUUAGAAGGCUCCAACUCCCAGUUAGAAUUUGUUUUGUAAUGUCAACUAAUAAGGCACAAGGUCAAAUUUUAAAGGUUGCUGGAUUGUUUCUAAAGCAGCCUCGCUUUUCACAUGGUCAAUUCUAUGUAGGAUGUUCAAGGGUUAGAUCUCAUCAAAACCUGUUUAUAUUGUCAGAAGAAGGAACAACAGCCAAGAAGCUUUAA